CACGUCGCAUCCUUCUCACAAUUCCCACUGGUGACGAUGAGUGACUCAUCAGAUGACGACCAGCCUCUCGACCUCCGCGACUAUGAUGAAGACGACUCCGAAGACGAUCGACCCGCUAAACGAAGAAAAACCACAAAGAUUCUUCGUAAUCGUGCCCCCGCCUUUGUCAAAUCCUCCGCUCAAGAAGAGGAGGAUCAGGAAGAUGAGGACGAGGACGACAUAGACGAUGAGAGACCCUCUAUGGGUCUGGGAUCCGGUCUGGGUCGUCAGGCUGGACUUGGCAUGUCUGGCUUUCGAAACUCCUUUAACAUUGGGGAGUAUGACCAAGAUGCUGAAGCCGAUGCCACCAACGAAUCCUACGACAUGUCUGCUCAAUCCCAACCAGAAAAGCCUAGUGGUCAGGGCCCAUCUGCUUUUGGUGCUGGGGGCAAGAUCCAGAAGAACUCGUUCGCUGCUCGCAUGAUGGCCAAGAUGGGAUACAGUGAGGGCCAGGGUCUGGGAAAGACUGGUCAAGGAAUCACUGCCCCUAUCCAGGCAAAAGUACUCUCGAGCAGAGCUGGUCUAGGUCAAGGAGGCUCUGCCGAAGAGCCGAGAAAGAAAAGCGAUCGAAAAGAAGGAAAGCCAGCCUCCAGAACGUCGACCCCCGGUGCAAGUACUCCACGCAUCAAAGCCCCUCCGAAAGCAAAGUAUGCUGUCACAGCCAUCGAGUCUCGUGGUCUUCAUAUACCCGAGACCAUGAGGCAGAUCAUCGUUGAUGCAACUGGCGCAGAAACCAAGACUCUGACUUCCUUGUCUGGCUUUUCCACUCCCACGCGCGAGGCGUCUCCUGGUCCCAACCUGGAAGCUGCCAAAGCCACCGCGCGAAUCAAACUCCAGCUGCAAGCAUUUGCCGAUGCCUGGGACUCGACAAAAGAGCUCGAGGCUCGGCUCGAGACAGAAGAUACACAACUUGGAGCGGCCUUGACACUACAUGACCAAGAAAUUCAACGUUACAACGAGAUUGCCUCGGCCUUCGAACGAGUGACAGUCGAUGAUUCGUUGGAAUCCCGCGAUUGGAGCUCUUGCAUAACCCGACUACAGGCGAUUCAGUCAAAAUAUGCCUCUUACAUCCAGGACCUUUCCCUACCUGAACUCACAGCCUCGUGUCUCGAAACUCCAUUUCGUCGUGAAAUGGCGGAAUGGGAUCCUUUGGGGGAUCCAACCCACCUCAUCGCAUCGCUUAGAUCGAUAUCUCCACUUUUAGAAGUCGACAAGUCCAUCAACGUCAAACACCGCAAGCGAACAACUUAUUUCGAGUCCCUGCUUCUCCUACAUUGGUAUCCACUUGUUCGUGCCACACUCACCAAAAGCUGGAACAUCUACGAUCCCGACCCAGCCGUCAGUUUCAUCACAGCAUGGACAUCAGCCUCCCCAAGUUCAGAAUCAUCACCCGAACUCCCACCCUCACCAAUCGCACCAUCAUGGCUUCUGUACAAACUUCUUCACGAGGCCAUCCUCCCACGACUCAUCGAGGGCGUCAAAAGAUUUCCCCGAGCCGUUGAAUCCACCUCACUCACCACCUCAAACUCAUCACGGUCUAAAUCGACAAAAGCGCCCCCUCUACACGAAUGGCUUUUUGACUGGUGGACCCUCCUCUCUUCAUCCGAACUCGACCUCGAGCGAUUCCCCGAACUCCAAUCCCUAGUCAAAUCCAAAGUCGACAGCGACAGCUGGCCAAUGUGGAAACCGCUCCUGGGCUCCAAGAGCAGUCAAGGCGACAAGAGAUCCAAGCUUGCUUCACAGACAUAUUCUUCAUCGACAUUCAAAUCAGACUCGGCUGCUGCGAAACAGACUUCGACAAUUGAAGACGAAAUUUCAUUCAAGACCAUCGUGGAAGAUUGGUGCAGCGAGAAUAAUCUAUUGUUACACUCGAGCCAUAAAUCCGAUACUUUUGGCCGGAUGUUGUACCGAUUACAGGAUGCUGAGGCGAGGAAUCGUGGAGUAUUGGUAUAUCUCGAGGAUGACGUUGUGUUUGGCGUCCAAGGAGAUCCAUAUGCAUUGGAUGAUCGAUUAGUUCGAUUAGCCAGAGGGGCUGGCGGAUAAGUAAGGCGAACCAUG